AUGAAGUCCACAACGUCCGUUCUUCGCGCCGCCCUCCUCUCCUCCAUCUUCCAAGCCACCGAGGCUCUGGUCGGCAUUUCCUGGAGCGUCUCCAACGUGCCUUCAGCCGGUCUAGAAGAUAUUACCUUCCCCAUUUCCAUGCCCAACGCACCCCAUGUCUCCGGGUACUACUUCGCCCAACAAUUCAACUUCGUUGGCCAAGACGACGUGGGAUACACCGGUCUCCAGCCCCGCGAAGACUCGGGCUCUUCGUCCGUGGUCCACGCCGUUUUCUCUAGCUUCAUCAACGGAACUACCUCCAGCGAUAGCAACUGCAGUGAUGGUGCCGACGGCGGCGCGGGUGUGAGCUGCGCCGUGGACGUCGAUAGCACCUACGCCGACGGAUACCUGCUGCAAAUCAAGAAUACCGGAGGGACCUCCUGGACUGGAACUCUGGUUGAUUCUGUUACUGGGAAGCAGACUCACAUUGGCUCCUAUACCCUGCCGUCGGGAUCACAGGGUAUCGAGGGGUCCCAGGUAGGCUUUGUUGAGUACUAUCCUUGGAACUCGGCGGCUUCGCAUACUUGUGACUCGCUCCCGAAGACGGAGGUCGAGUUUGGUGUUCCGACUACUUCUAGUGGCAACACUGGCAGUCUGGAGAAUGCUUACGAGUAUGGUGAUUGUAUUGGAAAGGCUGGUUUCAAGAGCGUGCAGAGCAGCAGUGGUGUUGAUGUCACCGUUGGAUUCUGA